UGUCGCCGGGCAGCGGGGGGCUUUUCUUCCCCCUCCCAGGGUGAGCGGAAGGGAGUUCCGCAGGCCGUCGCUCGCGGGCCGGGCCGAUUAGCAGGGUUGCCCCGCACCGCCGGGGCUCAGAAGUCGAGUAGCUCUCUGAAUGUUUAGGAGAACAUUUUUACAUGCUGCUGAAGAUGUCAAGGAAAAGCUCUAGGGAUCCUAAGAAAGCAAAUGUAUCCAGCUCUUUGGAAUCAGAAGAUAUUAGUUUGGAAACAACCUUACCCACUGAUGACAUUUCCUCAUCAGAAGAUCGGGAAGGUACCAUCAAAAUUACUAGGCAACUUAUUGAGAGGAAAGAACUGCUGCAUAAUGUCCAGUUACUAAAAAUUGAGCUUUCUCAGAAGAACUUGAUGUUGGAUAACUUAAAGGUGGAAUACUUGACAAAGAUUGAAGAACUAGAAGAGAAGCUUAACGAUGCAGUCCACGAGAAACAACUACUCUCUUUACGACUAGAUAACCAGCUGGCGUUACAGCAAGAAGAUGCUAGAAAACAUCAAGAACUAAUGAAACAGGAAAUGGAAACCAUCUUAUUGCGCCAGAAGCAACUAGAAAAGAAUAAUCAUCAGUUACGAGAGCGCUCUGGCGAUAUCCGUCGUAGCCUGCGUGACCUUGAGUUGAGCGAAGAAUACUAUGCCAAACUCAAAUCUCUUCCAGAAGAUGAACUUUCUAUUCCUGAAUACGUGUCUAUUAGAUUUUAUGAAGCAGUGCAUCCCUUGAAAAACGAGCUAAGUGAACUGCAAGUCAAGAAGGACGCGGCCUGUGAAGAACUGAAUGAGUACAAGUCUCAGCUGAAGCACUUGUUGGAGAGUUAUGAAAUGGAAAGAAAAAAUCGGUCAGAGUUUGAAGUGCGAUGCCAGCGCUUAACAAUUGAACUAGCUGACACAAAACAAAUGGUUCAGCAAGGAGACUAUAGACAGGAGAACUACGAUAAAAUAAAAAGUGAGCGUGAUACGUUUGAACAUGAAUUUUCAGAGCUCCGAAGAAAAUAUGAAAUACUAGAAGUUUCACAUAAAGCCGUAACUGCAGAAAGGAAUGACUUAUCCAAAGAGGCUGCAGCUUUGCAGCAGUCAGUUACUUUGCUGCAAAAGGAUAAGGAUUACCUCAACCGACAAAACAUGGAGCUUAGCGUCCGCUGUGCUCAUGAAGAAGACCGUCUUGAAAGGCUUCACAUUCAGCUGGAAGAUGCCAAAAAGGCUAGAGAGGAAAUGUAUGAGAAAUAUGUCGCAUCCAGAGAUCACUACAAAAUGGAGUAUGAAAACAAACUGCAUGAUGAAUUGGAACAAUUAAGGCAGAAAACAUCCCAAGAAAUAGAACAGCUUCGAACAGCUACGAAGGAAAUGUAUGAGCGGGAAAACAGAAACUUGAGAGAAGCAAGAGAUAAUGCUGUGACUGAAAAAGAAAGAGCUGUUAUAGCUGAAAAAGAUGCAUUAACCAAAUAUGACCAGCUUUUAGAACAAUACAGGCAGCUGCAGCUCGGCACUGAAAACCAAGUGGCUGAACUUCUCCACCAGAGUAAACUCAAAUCUUUUGAGAGCGAACGAGCGCAACUAAUUCAAGAAGAGACCUCCAGGAACCUUUCGCAGUGUCAGCUGGAGUGCGAAAAAUAUCAGCGAAAACUAGAAGUAUUAACAAAAGAAUUUUAUAGUCUCCAAGCAGUGAGUGAGAAAAGGAUCUCAGAACUUCAGGUACAAAAUUCUGAUUACCAGGCAAGGCUUGACACGUAUGAAAAACUGGAAAAAGAACUAGAUGAGAUAAUAAUGCAAACUGCAGAAUUUGAGAACGAAGAUGAGGCAGAAAGAGUUCUGUUUUCCUAUGGAUAUGGUGCAAAUGUUCCUACAACAGCCAAAAGGCGGUUGAAGCAAAGCGUGCAUUUGGCGAGAAGACUGCUACAGCUAGAGAAGCAAAAUACAUUGCUUGCGAGAGAUCUGGAUCACCAGAAAGGAGAAGUUGCCCACAUUUCACAAGAGCGAGACCAAGCUAAUUCCCUGUUGAGCCAAGUGCAGCAGCCCUACAAGUACCUUAUUGAGUCUGUACAGCAGAGAGAUUCUCAGAUACUUGUGCAGAAAGAACGUAUUGCACAAUAUGAAAAGGAUAUUAGUCUGUUAAAUCAAGAGAAGAAGGCUUUGCUGCGGGUCAAGAAUCAAAUGGCAGCAGAUUUGGAAAGGCUUCUAAAUCACCGUGAGGUCUCUGGAGUUUGAUCCAAGUCAUGCAUUGAACCUGGAACUGAAUGUACCCGGUAUAUUUCUUCUCUUUACAUUCCUGGGCUGACAGUCUCUAAACUCAAAUAGCCCUGUAUCUAACCAAAAGCCAACAUUUUGUAACCCAGAAUAACCACAGGAUGGCUGAACAGUGUCAUUUCUUCAUAAUCCCGCUGGGUUCUGCAGGAGCUCUUAGAAACUGCCAGUCCCAUCAGUCCUGGCCUCUUCAAGGACCUUGCCAACAUUGGAUGUCAUUCCAUUGUUUUGUGUUGUCCUUUCCAAGAGGACAAUUAAAGAACUUAGUGUUAUGGCAGGCAGUGGCCUCUGGCAACUUUUUCACACGGAUAUCUCUGAGAUGUGUCAGUCUACAACCGUCCGCACCUAGCAUUGCUUGUAGCUCCAGGCUGCAGAUUUGAUAUUGGCUGUAGAUGCAGUCACUGUAAGCAAGAACGGCUUUGGCCCUUUUAGGUUGGUUUGUCAGCUGUGUUCAUUCCUGAAGAUGUCAGAUCUGGCUGUGGUGACACACACCAUAGUUAAAUCACAGUUGGGUGACUCCUGCAUGACAUUCUUCAUGGACUGCUGUUGAAGAGCCUCGAGAAGGAAGGAGGCUGCUGGCAGGUCAUUGGGAGCAUCUGACCACUUGAUGACCCAAUUAUUGCAAUUGCUUCCUGAGCUGCUAGUGUCUUUCUGUGCCCAGGUCAAAGUGCUGGCUUGGAUCUUUAAACCCAUGAAUUGCUUGCAACUUAUAGUAAUGGCUGAAUGGCUGUUUUCUCCCAAGUGAAUCUGUCAGCCAUCAAUAUCUUUUUCACUUCCCUCUGUCGUCUGAGCUACAUUUCAAAGAAGAGAGGUUUUGCUGUAUGGCUGUAUCUGGAUUUUGAAUUACCUUUCUUAGACUGCCAUGUUUAUUCCGUUGGCGCAAAGCUACUUUAUGACUAUGGAUCAGAUCUUUCUUCUCCGUCUUCUGUAUCCUCUCCCUCUUCAUGAAAUAAAAACAUAGAUUCGUAAGCCUAGCCUCAGAAAUAAUCAACAGACAAGUCCUCUUGUCAGCUAAAGUUCUCAGUUAAACCCAUUGCAGCUUAUCAUUGGUAAUCUAUAGUCCAAACCUGAGCAAUAAUAUUUCCUUCUCACAAGUCUUAUACCAGGUAAGGUUUCAAUGAAGCCUAAUUCUGUUAGGUUCUGCAGAAGCCCAGAACUUAAUCCAAUCACUCAUGUGUGUUCUGUCCAGAAAGGUUAGGAUAAUCAGGUCAAUCUCUAGGCAAAAAUAAGGAAGUAGACACAUAUCUGCUGUCAUAAAUAUUCCCUGCAGUAUUCAGGGAAAAAAAGUACUAAAUUAUUUCAUUCUCCUUAUGUUCUAUUAAAAGUUGUGACUUAACAAGGAAGAUUUUUAAAAAGACACUUUGAAAUAGCUAAAUUAAAACUAAUCACGAAGCUUGCUUGCUUGCUUGAUUGAUUUUAGGACUUGAAUAUGGUUUCUUAAACCACUACAGUUACUGAUUAACCUCAGAGCUGGCUGCUUGGGUCUUUAUGGUGUGGACUAGUGCUUUGCUUUAAACAGAUGUCACCUGCUGAGACAAUCCCUUGUGUUCAUUGUUGAUCAGUAAUAUUUUUCCCCUUCUCCUGCUCACAACCAGAUAACCAACAAGUAUUAUUUCUUACAGGUGAUCUCUUUUUCUUCUGAAGUACCUCCAUAUUCUUUCAGUAUGUAACAAGUGGGCUUGUUUUCCUUCUUCAU